AUGGAUACACUACUGAUGACAUUGAAUUUUACUGGAAUGGAGGAGAGUCGGCAGUAACAGGAGUAAAGAACAUUGAGCUCCCACAGUUUUCUAUUGUUGAUUACAAAAUGAUAUCAAAGCGAGUGGAAUUUACAACAGGAGCGUAUCCUCGAUUAUCACUUAGCUUCCGGCUUAAAAGAAAUAUUGGAUACUUCAUUUUGCAAACUUAUAUGCCUUCUACGUUGAUCACAAUUCUGUCGUGGGUAUCUUUUUGGAUCAAUUAUGAUGCCUCUGCAGCCCGAGUUGCUCUAGGAAUCACAACUGUGCUGACCAUGACCACCAUCAGCACCCACCUCAGAGAGACCUUGCCAAAGAUACCUUAUGUCAAGGCAAUAGAUAUUUACUUGAUGGGAUGCUUUGUGUUUGUGUUCCUGGCCUUGCUGGAAUACGCCUUUGUAAACUACAUAUUCUUUGGGAAAGGGCCCCAACGUCAAAAAAAGGCAGCAGGCAGGUCAGGACAUGCUACAAGUGAGAAGAGCAGACUGGAAACAAGCAGACUCCAGGUUGAUCCCCAUGGCAACAUGCUUCUUAGCCCACUUGAAAUACGAAAUGACAUCAGCAGCUCAGAUGUGUUCACAAGCCUGCGUGACCCUCGAGCCACCACGUACACAUACGACAGUGCCAACCUGCAGUACAGAAGAGCCACUUCCAGCAGAGACCUCUACAGGAGGAGUGCUCUGGACAGGCACAGGCUGCAUAAAAACGGACGCUUACGAAGAAGGGCGUCCCAGAUCAAAGUCAAAAUCCCUGAUUUGACUGAUGUUAACUCAAUAGACAAAUGGUCCAGAAUGGUCUUUCCCAUCACAUUUAUUCUUUUCAAUGUUGUUUACUGGCUGUAUUAUGUCCACUAA